UAAUGUCAUUUUGCGGCACAUUGAUGUUAGCACCCAGAUUAGUACUUGUAGCAGGCAGGAGCAGGACUCAUUGAUUUUCCAAGGGAAAAAAAUUCAGCACUGCAUGUGCUUCUCAAUCCGGUACUUGGUGUCGCUUUUGCCGCCAUUUAACGGCGUAGGUGCGGCAGGAUAAACCUAGAGGAACUAAUCAUGGUUCUUGUCCUUUCUCCCUUUCUUUCAGCGACCAAAGCAUCAAAAUGUUUGUAGCCACUGCUCUUGCGAAUUUAUCUAUUUUUUUAGAUUGUUGGAAGUUUUUAUUCUCCACCUAUUUCCUACUAUGAGAUUUGACAAUUUGUGCAUUCGACAUGGAAGUUUAGGCAGUUAUUUCUCCCGGUUUGAGGAAUGGCUGCUGGUCGUGGAAGUUCUUCAGUAUGGCAAUGUCUUGAGUCUUGGUUGUAUUUUGCCUCAUUGUUUUUAUGAUAACAAUUUGUAUGCCUUCCCAUCCUAGAAUAAAUUUGGGGCUUUUAUUAGGAUUGUAUUUGAAUUUCUAAUUCCGAACUUUCAAAGUUGCCAACUGUUCAUAUAAUGCUUAUGGAAAUUGCAAUGGUUAAACACUACUCCAUUAUUUACAAUCAUGCUCCUAUGAGUUCAGAGUUGCCAUCUUUUUUUGUUGCCCUCCUCUCCUUUGCCCUGCUCAUUUUGGUACGGACCGAUGGGUACCUUUCUUCUUCAAAGACACAUCAUACAUAAGACUAGGCCACAUCAACAACUAUCUGACAGCAAAUUAUGGACCAUUAUCAACAGCAGGGCAAGCCAACAGUUGCUUUAGCUUCUGGGCAUGGCUUUGUUGGGCUCGCACGUCUCAUUUCGGUGUGAGGCAGCCGAUUUGGUAGGAAAUUUGGGCGUUGGAUCCCCUGACAGAUUUUUUGGCAAUGAAAAGAGAGUUUGGUGAGAAACUCUAGGGAGGCAUUUGUGUGUUUCUCAGAUCAAGAACAUUGUCAUGUAACCUCAUGUGAGGGUGGUAUCAGUUUGGUAGCUAGGCUACAAAAAUACUUGUUUUGUCUUCAUCCUAUCAUGAUAGAUCCAUUUGAGUUUAAUAACCAUCAUAAGCUAGUAUUUAAGGUGGUCUAUAACCACAUCAUGAGUGCGUGGUGUGUGUAGUGUCAAUAGCCCUUAGACGUCUGACCCUGAAGGUUUUGGCUCUGGGAUGCUGGGGCAGCUAGCACUGUGGGCUAAAAUUGCCAACGAAGCGUCAUGUGGAUCACCAAGAUGGAUAGGGCGAGGCCUAUCUUGUGUGUGCAUCAAGCGAAAAGGGGCAUAUGAGAGAAUAUGCAUGAACCUCACACCAGUGCAGGAAGAAAGGCUUCAGAGAUUAAAGCAUCGCAUGAAGGUUUACUUUGAUUCAUCUAGACGAGAUCACCAGGAAGCCCUGAAAGCUCUUUGGCAUGCGACAUACCCUGAUCAAGAACUUCAAGGUUUGAUAUCUGAACAGUGGAAGGACAUGGGUUGGCAAGGAAGAGACCCAUCAACUGACUUUAGAGGAGCAGGAUUCAUCUCUCUGGAGAACCUUCUAUUCUUUGCCAAGACAUUCUCUACAUCAUUUCAGAGGUUGCUAAAGAAACAGUGUGGUAACAGAGCCACAUGGGAGUACCCAUUCGCAGUUGCUGGUGUAAACAUUACAUUCAUGAUCAUGCAGAUGCUUGAUCUACAGUCAACAAAGCCAAGAACAUUUGUCCGAGCCAUUUUUAUUCAAAUGCUUUCAGAGGAUGAGUGGGCAUUUGAUCUGCUCUACUGUGUCGCAUUUGUUGUGAUGGACAAGCAGUGGCUUGACAAGAACGCCUCUUACAUGGACUUCAAUGUAAAUACCUGCUUAUUCACAUCUCAUCCUCAGUUGGAACCCAAAUCUACUUGUCUCAUGUUUGUGAUGCCACUCGUAGGAGGUACUGAAGUCAACACGAACCCAGCUGGAGAGGGAGCUCAUGCUGGAUGAUGUGAUGAGGAUCGAAGACAUGCCAUCAUACAGCCUGCUUUGUUAGUGACAAAAAUACCAAAUACGCAGCGCAGGAGAACAUAACUGAGUUUGUGGUUCAACUGUAUAGCACCUCCCUUCCUCUGAAUUCUAGGAAGAAUUUUUUAGCAUCUAUGUAGAGUGAUGGCGUACUUGUGUCAUGCUGAAUUGGGCCUCUGUAAACAACUCAUCAGUGUAUUACCAUGCGGAAUUAGUAUUGCCAUCAUCCGGUCUCAAUGUUGGUGA